AGAAUGUUCCGCCAUCUUGGAUUUUUUUACGGCUACCAUGGAGCAAAUAAAUACAUAUGACGCAAAUGGCUUGAUAUGGUUAAUAUAAUUCAGCUGUACGUCAAAUAAACGGAGAGAGUAUAUAACCAGAGUAUCAUCAGAUGUUACAGGUGAAGCACCUCCAAGUUUUCCAAUUCCCAGUCCAUGAUGUGAAACAAUGGAACCAUUCGGAUGAGCUGGGUACAGAUCCUGAUGUGCGGGAGUGGUUCAGAUAUUACAAAGUGAGAACACACACAGCGCUGUGAUAAUUACAGCCAAUACAACCAGCCAUGGGGUCGGGAGCACCGCUGCUGAACGACUACAAACAGGACUUCUUCUGGAAGCGUUUUCCUCAGACACUCCUGGGCGGACAGAAACUCAGGCUGGGCUACGACGCCCCUGCCUAUGUCUACAUUAACCAGCUACUUCUCUUCUUGUUUCCCUGGGUCGUUGGUGGCAUAUUCACCACCGUGGUGGAGCUCACUACUCUGGACGUCUCUGUGGGGUACUACUCCGUAGGUGGCAUCGUGGCCGCCACUGUUCUUAUAGUGCAGCUAAUCAGUUUUGUAGUGAGACGGCGGGGGGCGACUGUCACGAAAUUCGACAUCCAGAACAUCCUGGCCGAAGACGACGAAGUAGACUUCGAGUCGUGCUGUGGGGUUGAGACGGUGGAGUUCAUUCUCCCCGGGAAGAAGUACGCGGUAAACAUCGUCAUCCAUGCCCUGCUGUCAGGAGUCAUGUGUGGCUACGGGUUCUGGUACCUCACCCCCGCAACAUUAAACUCUCUGUACAACUCCAACACUGCAGUGACAGUCAUACUGUACAUAUUAGGUUGGUUGACUGUCUGUAUAGCCCAGUUUUCUCUGACAGCCGCUCCACCACCUGAACCAGCCACGUUCAGGGCACAGGACGUGUACGAGAUUACUCCACUGAUGAGGCCCUUCUACGUGUGUGUUUUCCUUGUGUUUGACUUGGUAGCAAGAUUUUACACAACAUUUUCUGGUGUCAACCAAGUUCUCCAUGUUGUGUUCAUCUUCCUGCCGCUGUUCUGGGUACUGGGGCUCCUACCCCCGCUGGAUGCGCUGUUUCCAUGGCUGGGAGAGCAGGUCCUGGUGCUGGCACUAGGGGGUUCUCCCGCUGCUGGGGACAUCAGGUUACUGGUGAUGCUGCUGCUGUCCAGUGCAACGGUAGUGAUCACAUACUUCCUGCCCUCGUCCCUGGCGAUGGUCAUCGUGGCGGCCUGCUGCGGGUACGUCCUGAGUCUGGACCUGGGCACCCUGGGAAGGCAGAUCCUCCGCAAGUGUUGCUCAAGCUCCAACCCAUGCAGACCCGAUCAGAAACACCAGGAGGAGACCAACGCCGUCAUCAACACAGGGUUUGGGUGGGGAUGGACGUGGAGGGAGUUUCUGGUGCAUCUCUUCAUGCUGGGGGUGACGGCAGCAGUGGCCACAGUGUGCAACUACUUCUCUCAACCAGUCAACAACACAGUCCGCAGCGCUCUGGGCUACACGCUUGUAGCUCUGUUAGUUAUACUGAGAGUCCUGCAGAGUGUACAGAGUGUGUACGUCUGUUUUGGUUUAGUCAGGAACCCCUUGUUCCCAGGCAGCUCGCAGAGGAUUAGGCUCUUCAAGAAGAGGAAGAAAAUCCUGGGCUAUGCAGGAUACAUCUAUAGGGUUCUGUCAACAACAGUGACCCCUCUCCUGAUGGUAGCCUACAUAUCUCUGUACGUCACACCUACCGGCCUGACUGUCAACACCUUCAUACUGGCUGUAGCUGUGUGCAGAGCACUCAGGGUGGUGUGGCAGAGGAUGACAUCUGCUCUCCUGGAACUAGUGGUUGUCUUCAUCAUCACAGUAGCCUUACCUACCGAUGUCUGGUGGAACAGCCUCGGCCUCGGACUGCAGCUCAUGCUGGUGGGAGCCAGUAGGGACCGGUUCUUCCAGCUCUGUAGCAAGCUGUACUUUGCUGGUACGAUCCUCAUCACCUCGUGGACAGAGAAGAAGCAGCGCCGUAAAGACACCAUUCCCAUCAUAGUUCUGAACCUUGUGUUCUUCCCAGUGGGGCUUGCCAUUAUCGUGGCAGCAGCGUUGCUCUCAGCCCCCCUGCUACCCUUGUUCACCUACCCCCUCUUCCUGUUCGGCUUCCCACGGCCCCUGCGGUCAUGGCCAGGUCCAGUUGGCAGCUCAGCUAACGUGAACGCGGACACCAUGUACUACCGGCAAGUGGCUGCUGCGUUCAGCAAGGCGCUGGGACGAGCGUUCUCGAGUGGGAGUCUGGGUGACCCUGACCCUGGGAGUCACUACCUGGUGCGUUACCAGGACAGGUCCAUGUGGGUGCAGGUCCUGGAGCGGGGCCAUGGCUUCUGUACCGUCAGCAUCAAGGGCCUGGAGCUGCAGGAGACGUCCUGUCACACCGUCGAGGCUGCGCGGGUGGACGACAUCUUUGAGCUCGCCUUCGAAAGAGACGGGCACUCCGCGUGUGGCGUGAAUUCCCAUGUCUUCAACGCGCUGCUGCCUCGCGAUGCGCAGAUCGUCAACACGUAUUCCGAUGCACGUAACGUCCUGACGGGGAUCAUCGACUCCCACGACAGUUUGCAGCAGCUCACAUCAGACUUUGCCAAGACUCUUGUCUGGGUCUUCCUGCAUCACAAUGCCAAGAAGGACUACAUCAGCGACAAACAAGCAGUCUCAAAAUCUGAUGCUGUUACCGUGGAGCGUGAUGUACACAGUAGAACUGCUCUUGUGCAUCCAGUAGAUGAAGAACUUAGCGAAGGCUACAGGUCCCAACCUGCCUCUAGGAAGCAGUCCUUCUCUGGCAGCCUGCCCGACUGGUCUGACGAUGACAGCGAUAUCUUUGAAAUGGAAACUCUGGGAGAUAGGAACAAAAACAAAGUCCGCCUACCAGCAGGGCUAUCAGACAAAAAGCAGUCGACCAAACUGGAUGCAGCUACACCCUCCCUCCCUGGUACAAUUGAUGAUGAUGACAGCCUUCUUAAAGAGCUGGAUGGAAUAGGCUUGCCUGCAAUAGACUCUGGGACCAAGCACCAACAGAAAUCCCAUGGCUUCCCACAACCAGCUACACAGGCAUAUAAACCGCCUCUCAAUCUGUCAGGGUCCCUGAAGUUCACAUCUCCGUAUUCCUCAGCCCUGAGCUUACCCCUGAAGUGGAGAGACAUCCCCAUUGAUCCAACAAGGCUGGACAGACUCAUGGACAAGUUCCCCAAGGACUGGUACCGCCAUGUCCUCUCACUGUUGGACCUGUCAGUGAACGGGAAGACAUCGAAGGACGUGUGUGAGGAGAUAUCUACAGAUGAUGUGCUGACAGGGAUCUAUGCCAGGCUGGUGGUGGCCUGCUAUGCAGUGGUGAAUGUGCUGGGGCUCAGUGGUGGUAGUGAUGCAGCAAGCAUGGGAGCCAGCCAUGUGUAUAAGGUGUACACAGAAGACAUCCCGUGGUCUCCUGACCUGGACUGGUUAAAGGAGGACCCAGAGCUGUUCCAUCUUGUUGUGAGAGCUUACAGGUAUGCCGUGAAGCUGAUGUAUGACCAGGGCAGCCUGGGGCCUGUGGACGGGGAGGAGGAGCUGGUGGAGUACCUGCAGGAGUACGACAGGGACUGGUACAUCGGCUGUGAGAAGGACACACGGUGGGAACAGGCGGUACUGCAGAGCAAGCCUAACCUCUUCUCACUGGGUUAUGACCCAACUCAGGGUGCCUACACUGGGCGAGUCCUGACCCAACAGGAGGUGGUGACUCACAUCGGCCAGCUCAGCGGGGAGGCCGUGCGUGGCCAGUGGGCGUCGCUCUCGCUAGAGCUGCUGUACUUCACCAACGAUGACGAGGAGAGAUACAGCAUCCAGGCACACCCCGUCCUCCUCAGGAACCUUACGGUACAGGCGGCAGACCCGCCACUCGGGUACCCAGUCUACUCCUCACAGCCUACAGGGGUUCCCAUACUGUAACACUGUGGGUACCCAGUCUAGUCCUCACAGCCUACAGGGGUUCCCAUAUUGUAACACUGUGGGUACCCAGUCUACUCCUCACAGCCUACAGGUGUUCCCAUACUGUAACACUGUGGGUACCCAGUCUACUCCUCACAGCCUACAGGUGUUCCCAUACUGUAACACUGUGGGUACCCAGUCUACUCCUCACAGCCUACAGGGGUUCCCAUAUUGUAACACUGUGGGUACCCAGUCUACUCCUCAUAGCCUACAGGGGUUCCCAUACUGUAACACUGUGGGUACCCAGUCUUCUCCUCACAGCCUACAGGGGUUCCCAGACUGUAACACUGGGGAAAACACACAUCUCCACCCAGGUCUAGUUAAAACUUAAAACUACCCCACUUAUUGUUCAGGAGCCCAUGCCAUUAAGUUUUGUUGCUCAUUCUGACACACUGUCAUUUUAAGCUUACAAAAAUACUUUUCAUGAAUUUCAUUGUCAAUUUUUUGAUGAUGAGGUGAAACUUUUGUCUGUCCCAAAAAGGAAUUUUUCAUUACAAGGCAGAGGGACAGUCCUAGAGACCACAGCCCUGCCUCAACAAAUCCGGUAAUAAUUAUUGUGAUUUUAAACUUUUGGUUCCCAGACAGGGCUGCUUUCUUGACUUACAGAAAUACAUAUUGAUGAAUGUC